UGUUUGAUUUUAUAUAACAGUAGACUACGACUUUAUCUUUGGCAUCAAAUUAACAAAACAAAUUUUAUUUAUUGUAUUUAGGCUCCGUUGCGUUAAAAAAUUUGCUGAAAAUGUUCAUCAUCUGCGCCCUUACGCAGAGCCUUCUGCCGCAAAGAGUUUGCAUGUCCUCAGCUCGUUACUCAUCAAUGCACAAGUUUUUACCUUUCAGUCGGGUCGAACGUCUGAAGCCCACAGAGAUUAGCAAUCUAGAAAUGGCUUUUGAUCUUGACUCCGAUCCAAAAAAGGUCAAUCUUGCCGGAGAGGUCUAUCAUAACAGUGACGGCAAACUUUUUGUUCAUAAUGCGGUGCGUAAGGCAGAAAUUGGUGUAGCCUGCGACGACUCAUACACCCAUGAGCCGUACCCACCUCUGGGCAAUCCAGAUUUUAUUCGAGCUGCCAAUGAGCUGGUUUUGAAUAAAGCAGCCCCAGCUAUGCUGCGAAAUCGUGUGCUUGGCAUCCAGACACGUUCUAGCGUUGAUGCAUUGUGCCUGGCCGCACAGUUUCUACGGCAAAAGAUGAACUGCAACGUUUGCAUGUUAGCGCGUCCCAGUUCUGGACUGUGGGAGCACAUAUUCAAGAGUAGUGGCUUUACAUGCCACAGCUAUCAGUAUUACAGCGAGGACAGGGGUGAGCUGAAUAUCUAUGGGCUAGUCGCAGACCUAAUGACUGCACCGGAGGGUGCCGUUGUAGUACUGGAUGCGUGUGCACAUAAUCCCACUGGCUUGGAUCCGAGUGUCGAUGAGUGGAAGCUGAUUGCCCACAUUAUUAGGUGCAAGAAACUGUUGCCGCUCUUCCACUUAGAGUCUCAUGGACUCGUCACUGGUGAUACUGUGCAGGAUUCAUGGGCAGUGCGUUACUUUGUCGACAGUGGCUUUGAUUUGCUGUGUGCUCAGUCGUUUGUCAAGAAUUUUGGUCUCUACAAUGAGACUUUGGGUCACUUGAUGGUCGUUCUUAACAAUUCCAUUCAGCUGGAUGUGGUGCGGGGACAGUUUGAGGCCAUGAUGCUUCAAAAUAAAGAAAAGUCUUUCUCGGCAUUUGCGAGUCGUAUUGUGGCUAAGAUUCUCAAUAAUGCAUCAUUGCGUCGUGAUUGGAUUUUGUCUCUCCAAGAUGUACAUCAUCGAUUGCAACAAAUGAGACUAGCUUUAAGCAAUAAACUAACGGUUCUUAGAACGCCUGGCAAGUGGAGUCAUAUCAAAAAUCAAGCUGGCCCGUGUAUAUAUACGAAUCUAAAGCCAAAUCAGCUGAGAAAGCUGCGUAGCAAACAUGUCUAUGUGCCCGAUAAUGGACUCAUUAAUCUUGGUGCGUUGUGCACAACAAACGUCGACUUGGUAGCCAGUGCCAUACAUGAUGUAAUGCUGAAAACGGAAUCUAACACUGAUAAGGCUCAUGUGCUGUCAGCUCCUAGAAUAGGCUUACAGCGCUGCAGUCCUGCUAACAUUAAUAAGAUAAUGGAAUAUAGAGAUAAUAUAUUAUUGCAUUCCAAUUAGGCUAAAACGCAAAGAAUUAUCCUCCAGCUAACAUUCUAAGGGCAAACGCAGAGAAGUGUGACACAAUAAAUUUUUACGAUUUUCAAUUCAAAAA